AAUGUUAAAAAAAGUCUCAUGAGGCCAUUUUAUGAAGACUUUGAUAAAUAAAAAAAGAUUUCAGCAAAAAACGUUGAGUUUGAACAAGAACGACUGGCUAAUCAACUCAUCGUCAGGAGAGACUGACUGGUGGACUGAUUUCCACAUCCUAGUUCUGUCAUCAGAAACAUCCACUGGAACCUGCCGGCAGAGAGCGGAGAGGAUGUUUUCUUCUCACGGGGGCUUCGUUCUGGAACAGGACUUCACUAGAAUGAGGACAGUUCUGCUCCAGGGCAGCAGCCUGGCUGUGCUGCACUAUGGAUAGAAAAAGACAACGUUCUGAAGCUUCAGAAACACAACAGAGACAGAAAUACACAAAACGAGCAAAAAUAAAAAAUGGCAGCAGCAUGAAUUCAUGCAUCACCUGUCUGCAGAAGUGCAGGUUUCCCUGAAAGAGCACAAACCAGUCCUCCACCGUGACCUAAUCCCAUGAAAUCACAGAAAAAGAAAAAACCCUUCUCUUUUAUUUUUUUAACAUCUUGCAGAAGAUUUAAGACUUUUCCCGUUUGCAUCGAGGCCCAAUGAGGAUUUGUUCGGCUUCUUCUGUUUCUGCCAAACAAAGUGAACAAAUUUGGAUGUGGACCAAACGGCCUGAAAGACUUCAGACAAUUACAUCAUAAACGUUUGACAACAGCAGUUAUUCCAGUAGUAAUCAGGGGAAAAGCAAGAAUGACUGAACUCCUCCACCCAAACAGGCUCAGAGCUUUUCCUGUCUCUGUGUUAUGUAACAGACGUGGCUUUGGUUCCUAACCCAGUGGCUCCGUCUCUGCAGGAGAACUCAACCCAAACUCAGGAAUGAAAACCAGAAGUUUCUGCUCAGAACUUUAGAAAUCAACUCAUUUUUACAAAAUGACGUUUUUUCAUGAUCAGUUUUGAAUAUCAUGAUUGCAGGAACCUGAAUCUGAACCUGAACCUGAACCUGGACCUGAACCCGAACCUGGACCUGGACCUGGACCUGGGCUCCUCCUCCUGUUUCUCACAUGAAUCAAUAAGUUCUGCUCCUCUGGGCUCAUGACCAGGAGGAAGGGGUCAAACUGGGUCAUGAAAGGCUGUUUCUGGUCCGGGAGCUUCGAUCAGGCUGUCCCGUUUCUGGGCCUGGUCGAUGCAUCAAUUCCAAUAAAGCUACGAGCUCGUGCGCGUGAAGGCGGGCAAUAAUGUGGGGCAGAGAGAUAGAGAUGUUUGGCAACACUGUCAGGUCACGUGUCCACUCUGGAUGCUGGCGCCCCCCUCCUCCUCCUCCAUAUUUAACAACCUGCAGUUUCAUUCGGACAGCAGCUCAGCAGCCGCCUCCAUCCUCCGCUGCGCCAUGACGCGCGCCGCUGCGCUCCUGUCUCUCAUUUUAGCAUCAUCACUCCUGCACGCGCGCGCUUCCAUCCUAUGCACGUGGACUAAAGUGUCUCCGAACGAUGAGGUGCACUACGCCUUCCUCCAAAGCGACCUCCGCAGCACCCCCCCGGCCCUGCGCCUGCACCACAGCGCGUGGUCCGCGCGGCGCGCGCUGCUCGCCUGCGCCUGGAGCGAUGACGCAGCGGUGGUCCAGAGCUUCCUGUCCCGGUGCCGGCAGCGCCCGCGGGACUUCUCCGACCAUCCGAACCGACUCCUGCACUCCCUGUUAGAAGGAGUAGAGUGCGCCUCCCUGGAGGCUCUGCGCUCCGGGGGGCUGGCGGAGCGCAGACAGAGGAGACACCCCAGGAGCGUCAGGGGUGAUGAUGGGGGGUCAGAGGUCAGCGCUCACCUGCGCGUGAAGCGCGGCUUCAUUGUGCCGGGGACGCUGUGGUGCGGCUCCGGUAACAAGGCGCCGUCAUUUGAGGAUUUAGGGGUUUUUUCGGACACAGACAGCUGCUGCCGGGAGCACGACCAGUGCCAGCACACCAUCCUGUCCUUUCAGUCUGAGUUUGGCGUCUUCAACAGCAACAUCUUCACCAUGUCUCACUGCGACUGCGAUGACAGGUUUCACGGCUGCCUGAAGGAAGCCAAUGACAGCAUCUCAGACGUGGUGGGAUACACGUUCUUCAACCUGCUGAAGAUGCACUGCUUCACCUUCUCCCAUCGACUCCAGUGUGCAAAGAGAAACUGGUUUGGAAUGUGUAAAGAGACUCAGAUGGCUUUGUAUGCGGACGUCCAUCCACCCACUCUGUACGAGACGACUCCACCUGAAGACUGCCUGAACAUCACGUGCUCCAACAUCAGCUCCACUGUGCCGGCAGAACAGAAAGUCAGUACAUUAGCUCCACAAACACACCUCUCCACCACCACAGCCACCGCCACCUUCCCUACAUCCUCCAGAGAUUUCCCCUCCAUCACUUCCCCGCCCAAACCUAUGAGUCCCCUGAGCAAAGGCGCAGCUGGUAAACCCACAGGGUCUGGACACGGGACGAACGAUCUGGGGAACGCUUUACCAGUCAAACUCCCAACAGUGGUUCAACAGCAUGCUAACGUCACAGAGAAACAGACGGACUGUGGGAUCUACAGGGAACUUGAUGAAUGCAAGAUGAAAAUUCUGCCUCAGCAAGUGAAGUACGGCCUCAUCAACACCAAGGCGGGGACGCUGUACCACUGCAACUGUACGGCCAGAUUAUUCCAGACGUUGGCUCAGCAGAGAUCACUGGCAGAAGUGGAGAUUCUUCUGCUCAGUUACGUCUCCCAGUCCUGCUUCCUGUUUCAGGACUGCACACCGGCAAACACCAGCUGUCCGGCUGUGGAGGUGAAAGCCACGCUUCAGAAGGGGGACUCUGAAGAGGGGCUGCAGCGCCACCUGCAGGCCCUUCAGCUGAAGGUCAGGAGGCCAAAAACGAGCAGAGCUGCGAGAAAAGACAGACCUGUGAGGCUCUUCAAGCUGUGCAUCAGGAAGACGCGACCUAGACAAGCAAGGAAGGGAAAAAGAGCUGGACAGAAGAUGCAACCACCUGAGUGACAGCCGUGUGGUCAUGAAACACAUCUGUAAAAAAAAGACAAUCCGUGAUGAAAGUCCAGGGAUGGAUGGGUUUGAUUUUAUUUAUUCAAAAUUAGAAAUGACUAAAAUAGCGUAUGUACAGGACAUAUUUUUAGUUUUUUUUCCCGUCUUUUUUAAAGUUCAGUCCUGAACAUCUUCAGCCCUUUGAACCAUUGCACUUCCAGUAUUUGAUUAACAUUUGGAAGAUAAGAAAGUAACGUUUAGCCACAAUCCUGAAGGAGAAGCAUUACCCUUAAACACAAAGAGUGACUCAAGUGAAUUUCAGAGAGCAGCUCGUCUGAAGUCAAACUUUUCUGCUGUGCUUUAAAAACCUUCCGUUUGUCAGGAUGUCAAGCUGACCUGGACGAUCUCUGAGUCUACAUUCUUUGAAAUCUUCUCCUCCUGUUUAUGUGUGUAUUCAAAGAGAAUCAAUGUUUAUGGUAAUAUCUGAAAUAAAGGCCCAUAUGGAGGUUUUGAGUCAACAUUUGAACAGUUUUUUAAGCACAGCCAGAAAUAGACUCCUGCUUUUCUGUGGAAAACGUUUUGUUUUUUAAGGUUCAUGAAGUAAAACUGUGGCUUUAGGUUCUCUUCCUGUGUUCCCGAGAAACCCUAUGAACACAUUUCACUUGGAUUUUUGCAGUGUUUUCUUAGAAAUAUUUAAAUGUAACAGAAAGGGUUUGUUUGUAGAUAUUUCUAAAUAUGAAGCAGGUGGUUUAUAAAGCAAGAAAAAUUAACAAAAAAUCUGAAAUAAAGUAAACAUUUGUUGGC